UAUCACAAGAACAAAUUAUGACCGUUAACGGAGUUUGGCAAGUGGAGUACGCUUGUGGAUGGAAUUUCUACACCAUGAGAUUCAUGGGUAUUUGGCCAGAAGAAAGAAGUUUCGAUCGAAUGUCGAGCUACAAAGUGUUAAUAGGAGUUGCAUUCAUCAUCUUAUUCUGGGCUAUACCUCAAUACAUACUACUCUAUCUCGAUCGAAAUGAUUUCGAAUUGAUUAUGGAAAAUCUAUCAUUGGACACCAUCAAUGGAACGAUCUCAUUCGUAAAGAUGAUAUUCUUCUGGUGUGGCGGUGGACGGAUGAAGGAUCUUCUCCGCUCGAUGGAAGAAGAUUGGAAGGAAGUGUCCAAGAAGGAAGAUGAAAAUAAAAUGAUGGAAUACGCGAAAUUCAGCAGAAGCUUAGCUAAGAAAGCAACUAUUGUCUGUACUGGUAUUAUCGUUAGUUAUACUAUAAAAAGAUGUCUGUCGAUGCGUACCGAGGGUCGUUUAUAUUUUUUCCCUGCGUAUUUUCCAUUCGAGGCGAUGACUAGUCCAAUAUUCGAAUUUAAGUUCAUCGGUACAAUGAUAGGUUGUACUUAUUAUACAGUAACGUAUACAUCAGUGGACACUUUCCUAGCCAUGUUGGUCCUUCACGUGUGUGGACAACUUUCGAGGCUACAAAACGAAUUGAUGAAUUUGAAUUCCGCUACAAGACAAGAAUUUCAUUUGAAAUUAAGUUAUAUCGUAAAAAGACACGAUUAUCUGAACAGAUUCAUCGAGACGAUAGAUGACGAGUUCAAUAUAAUGCUCCUUGUUCAAAUACUCGGCUGUACCGUGCAGCUCUGCAUGGAAUGUUUUCAAGGACUUCUGUUAAUGUCUGGUGAAGCAGAAGAGAUUCCCUUAAUAGAGGUAUUCUUCUUCGCAUUCUACACCGUUUACGUUCUAAUUCAACUGUAUCUCUACUGUUACGUCGGUGAAAGACUUUGGACCGAGAGUACCGAAAUUGCUAAUGCCGCAUACGAAUGCAAAUGGUACGAUCUACUACCGAACGAAGCUAGAACACUGAUUCUAAUAAUCCGUCGAUCGCGGUCACCUUUGCGUCUAACAGCAGGCAAAUUCUGUGUUUUCAACCAUGAACUUUACAGCAGCGUCUUGAGGACAUCAAUGGGCUAUCUAUCCGUUUUACGUGCAACGAUGAUAUAAAAAGAAUCAUAUGUACGACGUACUACACAAAUAACUAUAUCAUCAUAGAAUCGCAAAUAUCAAUAUAAAAGAUAUCGAGAUCAUAUGAGAUUUUGUUUGUAGUUUCAUUCGAAAAUUUAUUAAA